AUGGCGGAUUCUACGGAAUGGAAAAUGGUGAAGCCUGACGGUCUGGCAGCAGCAAUUCUCAGCGUAACUGUCAUCUUCUCUGUACUCUGCAUCGCUGUUGUCGGGCUCCGUGUCAGUGCGAGGGUAUCAUCAGGAGUUCUUGGGCUUGAAGACUGGCUCAUGUGCGUUGGAUUUACACUUAACAUGGUCCAUAAUGGAGUUGUUAUCUGGGGAACCCUUACAGGUAUUGGCACCUACGACUCGAAGAUGAAUACCGCUACGAUGAUGGAAGGGGCCAAGUCCAUCGUGUUCUGGCAACUAUUUUAUGUCAGCGGAUCAGUAUUCAUCAAAGCUAGCAUCUGCGCGACAUUGGCACGAAUUGCUACGAAGCGGCGAUAUAUAUACACUCUCUGGGGGCUCGUUGCUGUGUCGGUCAUAACAACGGCGGUUGCCAUUUCCGCGGUCUUGAUCCGCUGCAAACCGGUAGCAGCGUCAUGGAAUCCUACUCUGGGAACUUGUAUCGAUCAAUCGAUUAUCAUCGCCUUGACGUAUGCGGUCUCGGCAGUUAACAUCGUGACGGACUGGUCCGUCGCAAUCAUCCCGGUGUUCAUCCUUUGGAAUCUCCAGAUGCGGAAAACGUUGAAGAAGAUGGUCGCCCUGGUCCUAGGCCUUGGCGUGCUGGCCUCGAUUGCGACCAUCAUCCGAAUGCCGUACACUUCCGUCUAUUCAAACACCACCAACCUGCUACACGACAUCGGAAACAUCAUCCUGUGGACUGUGGUUGAAUGCGACCUAGGGAUUAUUGCGGGCUGUAUGCCAAUGCUCCGAUCGUACAUCAGAAAGUUCGCCAAGGACGAGAGCUCCUAUCAAGGUGGCUCAGGGGAUUUGAAUCUGGUGACAAUUGGGAAGGUUAAGGGUAGACACCACCCAAUCCCUGAUGCUGAAUUUUUGGCAACCGCCGUUGGCGGAGAUGACCGUGAGAGCGCCAAGGAUGACGAAAGUACAAAGCAAAUGAUUAGGGUUACAAAGAGGAUCGAUCAGGUUUCAACCAAAGGGUACGAGCAGGUAUAA